UUUGCGGCAUCGGGAGGAGCAGCAGCAGCAAUAGCGGUGGUGGAGGGCUCAGGGGGAGACGGACCAGCGGGCGCGGACGGCAGCACAGCUCCAGCACACCAUGCCGGACUUGCCCAGAGGGCAGUGGCACUCGCGUCCCUAGCCUGGUGCAGGCCCUUGGCGCGUUGCGCUCGGCGGCAUUCCGGCUGAGCUCAUUCAUCGGAGAUUCGAAACCUCCCACCCCUGCACGCUCCCACUCCACACUCACACUCCCCGCACCACACACUCACUCUUAGUCUCUCACACAUUCACACACAGCCUGACAGAAAGCGAGCAAGACAGACCUCCCGAGUGCAAGAGCGUCCGGGAGGGAGGGAGCCCAAACGCAGCGCGGCCAGCGCCUUGUUGGGAGGAUGGAAUCAGGACGCUCCAGCAAGUAAACUUUGGCGGCGACAUAACUGUCGACCGUGGCAGCUGCUGAGGAGGACCUUAGCGACAUUCGACUGAGCUAGGAGGAUUUCUUCCCGCGGCGGCGGCGGCGGCGGCGGCGGCGGCGGCGGCACGGCAGCGGCGGCCCUCAGAGCGACAUCCCAGCCUAGACCGAGGGAGGAGGUGAAGCCCCGGGUACCCGCGGCAGCGGCCCCGCCUUUCCUGGCCGGUACUGUUGUCGCUUUCCCUCCCCUCUUCCCCAUUCCCCACCCCCCACCCCGGGCCAUUGGAAAGAACUGGACUUUGAUAAAUCGCCAUCGCCCCGUUUUCGCAAACUUGACGUGGAGGUUUGGGCUGCGUUGGUAACUUUGAUUUCCAAGACGCAAACACCCGCAGUCCAGCUGCUCUGUGGAGGGGACUCCACGCCCACCUCCAAUCCUGGGCAGACGCACCCCCCAAGCCUUCGGAAGCCAACCUUGGCGCGAGGGAGCGUGCUCUUGUCUCAGCAGCCUCCCUGUCUCCCCUCCCCCUUCCUUCGCCGGCCACCGGCAGCCAUCCGGCUCAGCUGGAUACCCGGGAGCUGCGGCGUUUGACAGCAACUCAGAGUCCCACCUUUGAUCAUCAUUUCUCCCCAACAGACCUUGAAAAGGCCAGCGUGGCCCCCCCGGACCUCGGAGGGCGCGUUCCAGGCGGGUUCUCUCUCCGCAGUGAGCCAGGAGAGCUGGGGGGAGGUCCUUGCGCAUGCCAGGUGCACAGACAAGGCGUUCGCCAGCCCCAGUACUGGGGCGCUGCGGCGGGCCGGGCAGUGCCUGAGAGGCUGCACCCCCACGGCCCUCCGGGUCUUCGCCCCAAGUGCGGUCCAGACUCAGCCUUCCGUCGACCAGGCAGCUCAGACGGCGUCCAACCCGCAGCCCUGCGCCGCUGCGGCCGGUCGCGCCUGGCUAACUUUGAAGGGGGAAAACUGAGUAGCCGGGCUGGAGGGAGGGGGCUCGGGGCCGCGUGGCGCUUCCUUGGCCCCCCGGAACCCCCGGGCCCCCCGCCAACCUCCUCCGAGUGUGCUGCAACCUCAGCAUUGGAGCCGGCGCGGGUGCCUUCCCCGCGCCGCCGGGCCGCCCUGGGCGGGACUCCUCCCGCGGCCUCCGGGGCCCCGGGGCGCGCGCAACAGGCGGCCCGAGUCAGCGGGAAGCUGGAGCGCCGGCGGCGUCGGCCUCGGAGGGGUGUGGAGAGGCGAGGCCAGGCAGAGCCCCGCGCAGCCAUGGAGUCGCUCCUGCUGCCGGUGCUGCUGCUGUUGGCGGUACUGUGGACGCAGGCAGCUGCCCUCAUUAACCUCAAAUACUCGGUAGAAGAGGAGCAGCGCGCCGGGACGGUGAUCGCUAACGUGGCCAAGGAUGCGCGCGAGGCGGGCUUUGCUCUGGAUCCACGGCAGGCCUCUGCCUUCCGUGUGGUGUCCAACUCAGCUCCGCACCUGGUAGACAUUAAUCCCAGUUCGGGCCUGCUUGUCACCAAGCAGAAGAUCGACCGCGACCUGCUGUGCCGCCAGAGCCCCAAGUGCAUCAUCUCGCUGGAGGUCAUGUCCAGCUCAAUGGAGAUAUGCGUGAUUAAGGUGGAGAUCAAGGACCUGAAUGACAAUGCGCCCAGCUUCCCAGCGGCACAGAUCGAGCUGGAGAUCUCCGAGGCAGCUAGUCCCGGCACGCGCAUCCCGCUGGACAGCGCCUAUGACCCGGACUCAGGCAGCUUCGGCGUGCAGACAUACGAGCUCACGCCUAAUGAGCUGUUUGGCCUGGAGAUCAAAACGCGCGGCGAUGGCUCACGGUUUGCGGAACUUGUGGUGGAGAAAAGUCUGGAUCGCGAGACACAGUCGCAUUACAGCUUUCGCAUCACCGCACUCGAUGGCGGCGACCCACCGCAUCUGGGCACUGUUGGCCUCAGCAUCAAAGUGACCGAUUCCAAUGACAACAACCCAGUGUUUGGCGAGUCCACCUAUGCAGUGAGCGUGCCAGAAAACUCACCUCCCAAUACACCUGUCAUCCGCCUCAAUGCCAGCGACCCAGACGAAGGCACCAAUGGCCAGGUGGUCUACUCCUUCUAUGGCUAUGUCAACGACCGCACACGUGAGCUCUUCCAGAUUGACCCACACAGUGGCCUGGUCACAGUCACCGGUGCCCUAGACUAUGAAGAGGGGCACGUGUACGAACUGGAUGUGCAGGCCAAGGACCUGGGGCCCAACUCCAUCCCAGCACACUGCAAGGUGACCGUCAGCGUUCUCGAUACCAAUGACAACCCGCCGGUCAUCAACUUGCUGUCAGUUAACAGUGAGCUGGUGGAGGUAAGCGAGAGCGCCCCCCCGGGCUACGUGAUUGCACUGGUGCGGGUGUCUGAUCGGGACUCCGGUCUUAAUGGGCGCGUGCAAUGCCGUUUGCUGGGCAACGUGCCCUUUCGGCUGCAGGAGUAUGAGAGCUUCUCCACUAUCCUAGUGGACGGACGGUUGGACCGCGAGCAGCAUGACCAGUACAACCUCACGAUCCAGGCGCGCGACGGCGGUGUGCCCAUGCUGCAGAGUGCCAAAUCCUUUACAGUUCGCAUAACGGACGAGAAUGACAACCACCCGCAUUUUUCCAAGCCUUACUACCAGGUCAUUGUGCAGGAGAACAACACACCUGGCGCCUACCUGCUUUCCGUGUCCGCCCGAGACCCCGACCUGGGUCUCAAUGGCAGUGUCUCCUACCAGAUUGUGCCGUCGCAGGUGCGGGACAUGCCUGUCUUCACCUAUGUCUCCAUCAACCCCAACUCGGGCGACAUCUACGCGCUUCGAUCCUUCAACCACGAGCAGACCAAGGCAUUCGAAUUCAAGGUACUGGCCAAGGAUGGCGGCCUGCCUUCGCUGCAGAGCAACGCCACAGUUCGGGUCAUAAUCCUCGACGUCAAUGAUAAUACCCCGGUCAUUACGGCCCCACCCUUGAUCAAUGGCACUGCGGAAGUCUACAUCCCCCGCAACUCUGGCAUAGGCUAUCUGGUGACCGUGGUCAAAGCGGACGACUACGACGAGGGUGAGAAUGGCCGGGUCACCUACGACAUGACGGAGGGUGACCGGGGCUUCUUUGAAAUAGAUCAGGUCAAUGGCGAAGUCAGAACCACUCGCACCUUUGGCGAGAGCUCAAAGGCUUCUUAUGAGCUUAUUGUGGUGGCCCACGACCAUGGCAAGACGUCUCUCUCCGCCUCUGCACUAGUCCUAAUCUACCUGUCCCCUGCUCUUGACGCCCAAGAGUCAAUGGGCUCCGUGAACUUGUCCCUGAUUUUCAUUAUCGCCCUGGGCUCCAUUGCCGGCAUCCUCUUUGUCACUAUGAUCUUUGUGGCAAUCAAGUGCAAGCGAGACAACAAAGAGAUCCGGACCUACAACUGCAGAAUCGCCGAGUACUCCUAUGGGCAUCAAAAGAAAUCAAGCAAGAAGAAAAAAAUCAGUAAGAAUGACAUCCGUCUGGUACCCCGGGAUGUGGAGGAGACAGACAAGAUGAACGUUGUCAGUUGCUCCUCCCUGACUUCCUCCCUCAACUAUUUCGACUACCACCAGCAGACACUGCCCCUGGGCUGCCGCCGCUCAGAGAGCACUUUCCUGAAUGUGGAAAACCAGAAUACCCGCAAUACCAGUGCCAACCACAUCUACCAUCACUCUUUCAACAGCCAGGGCCCCCAGCAGCCAGACUUGAUCAUCAACGGUGUGCCUCUGCCUGAGACUGAAAACUAUUCCUUUGAUUCCAACUACGUGAACAGCCGAGCCCAUUUAAUUAAAAGCAGCUCUACCUUCAAGGACUUAGAGGGCAACAGCCUGAAGGACAGUGGUCAUGAAGAGAGUGACCAGACUGACAGUGAGCAUGAUGUCCAGCGGAGCCUGUAUUGUGAUACUGCUGUCAACGACGUGCUGAACACCAGCGUGACCUCCAUGGGAUCUCAGAUGCCUGACCAUGAUCAGAAUGAAGGAUUUCAUUGCAGGGAAGAAUGUCGGAUUCUUGGCCACUCUGACAGGUGCUGGAUGCCCCGGAAUCCCAUGCCCACCCGCUCCAAGUCCCCUGAGCACAUGAGGAAUGUCAUCGCGCUGUCCAUUGAAGCUACUGCUGCUGAUAUUGAGGCUUAUGACGACUGCGGCCCCACCAAGCGGACUUUCGCAACCUUCGGAAAAGAUGUCAAUGAGCCCCCGGCUGAGGAGAGGCCUGCCUUGAAAGGCAGGAGAACUGUCGAUGUGACCAUCUGCAGCCCCAAGGUCAGUGGUGCUAUCCGGGAGGCGGGCAAUGGCUGUGAAGCUAUUAGCCCUGUCACCUCCCCCCUGCACCUCAAGAGCCCUCUGCCCACCAAGCCCUCUGCGUCUUACACCGUUGCCCUGGCACCCCUGGCCCGUGAUCUGGAGCAGUAUAUCAACAAUGGCCCAUCUCGUCCGUCUGAAGCUGAACCCCGUGGAGCUGACAACGAGAAAGUCAUGUAUGAGGUCAACCCCACUCUGAAGGAGGGUCCUGACAAAGAGUCUCCUGGUGUGAAGCGUCUGAAGGAUAUCGUUCUCUAAAGCAGUCUCGGGGAAGAAGAGAGAGAAACCAUGCUGGUUAUCGAGGAAGCAGGAGCUGAUUGUUUUGAUUGCUCACCAAUGGUUGGUUCUUGAGUGGUUGUUAUUUCAGAGCUUUCCCUAAAUGUAUUGCUUAUAAGUGACUGUCAUUCUGUGACAAUCCCUCUCGUUUCAACAGGCAGCAGGGGUGUUCAGUUGGAGCAAAUUAGCUUUGGCUUGGGUUGUUCAUGGGGCCUUGAUGUUGGGGAAACAGAGACAAAUUCAGUUGUGAAAAGUAUUAUGUAUUAAGUGUUUGAAUUUAUAUAUUUUUCUAUGUCAAAAUUAUAAUAUAAAUUACCAUUGUCUGUGGAGGAUUACAUUUAAAAACAACAACAACAACAAAAAGAGAAAGCUCUGGACACCUUUAAUAAGCUUGCCACUGUUUUGUAGUGUAGACAAGUUAAUGGUCAUUUAUUGUGUACUAUUCAUUGAUUCAGUGAUGUGAAAUUGAGCCCCCAAAAGGUUGUUUCUGAAGCUUGAGUACUUUCCAGUGCCGCUACUUUGCUGUGGACACCCCUGCUUUAAGAAACCUUUUGCUAGCUGUGCUAUUGUUGUAUUUGAUAUUGCAAAUUGCUAUGUGUGUGGUGAUAGCAAAAGGCUUUUAGAAGUUGGUGUUCUUUUUUCUUAAAAAAAUAAACUAUAGACAAAAACAGAGUGCAAAAAACUGAGAUGGCCAGUGAAUGAGCGACACCACACAUGUAGAUUGAAAACUUGGAAGAUACUCACUCAUGGAGGAUACCCAUGUACUGGUUACUCACCACCUUGCAGAGUAUUUCUCCUGCCUUCAGUCUUCUGCCCAGAUCAGUGAUAGAUCAUUACAGAAAGUCAUUUUUGGAUAUUCUGCUAUCUAAUUUGCAGUUGUCAGAACUACUGUGCUGAAAGUUUUAUGGCAUCAGUCUUUAAAAUUUUCAGGCCCUGAAUGGGAAAGUUGCUCCUGAAGUUAUCAGUUUCCAGGCUUAGAAAUUCCCUGUCUCCAAUCAUCUAAAACUCAAAAAGACUGAAUCUAUUUUGAGAUCUAAAUUAGCAUCUUUUCCAACACACACUUCCUGAUUCAGUGUUUCCCAACUAUGAUUUGAAUUAGACUGCAAAGCAUGUUGGGGGCUGGAAUUGAGAACUCCAUGUUGCUCUGUAUUGUAGGAUAAUAAAUAGGAAUAGAGUAAGCAGUACAAAGUGUACAUUUAGGAAAAGAUAGGUGGCCAGUAACAGCAUCACUAAUCCAAUUAUUGUGCCUUCUAAAUGGAGACACUUGGACACUUGAACUCAUAUUUUUAUGACUAAUACUUCUUUUUAAAAUUAAAAAUGUGAACAGGAAACUAUUGAAAAUCCUUUAGAUUUAGCUAACUCUUUGCUGUAGGCUAAGAAUACACCUUUUAUUACUAACAAAUUUGUUACUCACAUUCUUUUUUUGUUUAACAUUUCUCCAACUCCCCCAUUUAGUGUUUAUUAAUAUUUAGUAGCCAACAUAGUAUUCUUGCAGCCUAAGAGUUCAUUAUUUAAAACUAAACAGAUAUGUCACAUUUACUCUGCCUUAGUCUUAAAGAAGUUGUUUCUAGAGCAACAAGUGUGGUUCUGUUCUCAUUUGUUUCACUUUUUGAAAUUCAAGAGUACCCAGAAAAAAGGCCUAGAGGUAAGAGCAUGAAAAU